CUAUCAAUUAAUUUGUUAAAGGGUGUGGUUUCAAUGAUGCAGAAGAAAAAAUAAAACUUAUGAAGAUUUAUGGAUAAAGAGCUUAGUCUGAGACAAGAAACUGUCCUUCAAAUUUUAAAGUCAAACUUUUCAGAUUCCAAGACAAAAGUUAAUAAUGAUGCAUUAAAAUUGAUGAAAAAGUAUGUAGACAUCUUGGUUUUAGAAACAGUGUUCAGGACAAUUGAUCAAGCUAAGAUUGAGCAAUCUGAUGCAGUAGAGCUUCAGCAUUUUGAGAAAGUCCUUCCAAAACUUCUCCUUGACUUUUGAAAAUAAAAGAUCUUUAGCAUGAAUUCAAGGCUUGACAUUUUAGAUAAAAAUAAUUU